UCUCUCCUUCCUCCUCCGCCUCCUCUGCUCUUAGGCUAGAAUAUCUAUGGGUCGAAACGUGAUGCGAUGAAUCCGCCAAAGACCGAAACUAGGAAAAGGAGUACGGCGGAAGCGGCAGGACUCAUGGGCACGGGGGCAUCACCACAAUAGAGGGAGCCCACCCCCGCAAGCCCCUCCGCAGCGAAGCCCCCAAACCCUCUCGGGAAAAGGAUGGCGGCAGCCCCUACUCAGAUUGAAGCCGAGCUGUAUUACCUGAUCGCCAGGUUCUUGCAGUCCGGACCCUGCAACAAAUCCGCUCAGGUGCUAGUACAGGAGCUCGAGGAGCAUCAGCUGAUUCCGCGGCGCUUAGACUGGGAGGGGAAAGAGCACCGCAGAAGCUUUGAGGAUCUGGUGGCAGCCAAUGCACACAUUCCUCCAGACUACCUCCUUAAAAUUUGUGAGCGAAUUGGUCCUUUACUAGAUAAGGAGAUCCCUCAGAGCGUUCCUGGGGUACAGACAUUACUAGGUGUAGGUCGGCAGUCUUUGUUACGAGAUGCUAAAGACUGUAAGAGUACACUAUGGAAUGGGUCUGCUUUUGCAGCUCUGCAUAGAGGCAGGCCUCCAGAACUACCUGUAAAUUAUGUGAAACCUCCAAAUGUGGUGAACAUCACUUCUGCCAGGCAAUUAACUGGAUAUAGUCGCUUCAGCCAUAUUUUCCCUUCAUUUGCUUACCAGCACAUUAAGAUGCAUAAGAGAAUUCUGGGUCACUUAUCAUCUGUCUACUGUGUAGCCUUUGACCGCAGUGGGAGAAGAAUUUUUACAGGUUCAGAUGACUGUUUGGUAAAAAUCUGGGCUACAGAUGAUGGGCGUCUCCUUGCUACACUUAGAGGGCACUCUGCUGAAAUAUCUGACAUGGCUGUUAACUAUGAAAAUACACUGAUUGCCGCAGGGAGCUGUGAUAAGGUUGUACGAGUAUGGUGUCUUCGAACUUGUGCACCAGUUGCAGUGCUUCAGGGACAUUCAGCUUCUAUUACUUCCAUACAGAGUAGCAGCUGGGUACCAUUUAGUUCUUUUGGCCUCAGGGUCUGGAGGCUGAGGUUUAUGUGGUCAUUUAGUCAUUUGAAAGAUCGCGCAGUGAAAUUUACUGAGAGAUCCAGACCUGGAGUUCAGAUAUCUUGUUCAUCUUUCAGUUCUGGUGGUAUGUUUAUUACAACAGGGAGCACUGAUCAUGUAAUUCGAAUAUAUUAUUUGGGUUCUGAGGUUCCUGAGAAAGUUGCAGAAUUAGAGUCACAUACGGACAAAGUUGUUGCUGUUCAAUUCUGUAACAAUGGAGACAGUUUAAGAUUUGUUAGCGGAAGUAGAGAUGGAACAGCAAGAAUUUGGCAGUAUCAGCAACAAGAGUGGAAGAGUAUAGUACUAGACAUGACGACUAAAAUGACUGGGAUUAAUUUGCCAUCUGGAGAAGACAAAGUCACUAAACUUAAGGUGACUAUGGUGGCCUGGGAUCGCUAUGACACCACAGUUAUUACUGCAGUGAAUAAUUUCCUUUUGAAAGUAUGGAAUUCUAUCACAGGACAGCUUCUACAUACUUUAUCUGGACAUGAUGAUGAAGUAUUUGUUUUGGAAGCUCAUCCAUUUGAUCAAAGGAUCAUACUUUCAGCGGGUCAUGAUGGGAACAUUUUUAUUUGGGACCUUGACCGGGGAACCAAAAUUCGAAAUUAUUUUAACAUGAUUGAAGGUCAAGGCCAUGGUGCAGUGUUUGACUGUAAAUUCUCACCGGAUGGAAACCAUUUUGCCUGCACAGAUUCUCAUGGGCAUUUACUGCUUUUUGGUUUUGGGUGCAGUAAAUGUUAUGAAAAGAUUCCAGAUCAGAUGUUCUUCCAUACUGAUUAUCGACCUCUUAUUCGUGAUGCCAACAACUAUGUAUUGGAUGAGCAAACUCAACAAGCUCCUCAUCUCAUGCCUCCUCCAUUUUUGGUGGAUGUUGAUGGAAACCCUCAUCCCACAAAAUUCCAGCGACUAGUACCAGGACGGGAAAAUUGUAAAGAUGAACAGCUUAUACCACAACUGGGUUAUGUGGCUAAUGGUGAUGGUGAAGUAAUAGAACAGGUAAUUGGGCAGCAGACCAAUGAUCAAGAUGAGAGUAUUCUUGAUGGAAUAAUCAGGGAACUGCAGAGAGAGCAAGAUCUGAGGCUAAUUAAUGAAGGAAAUGUUCCAAAUUUUCCAGUUAAUAGAUCAUAUUCUGUCAAUGGUGCUCUGAGAAAUCCAAAUAUCGACAUACAUUCUUCCCCAAAUAUUGGACUUCGUCGCAGUGGGCAAAUUGAAGGAGUGCGACAAAUGCAUAACAAUGCUCCUCGGAGCCAGAUGGCCACGGAAAGAGAUCUUAUGGCAUGGAGCAGAAGAGUGGUGGUCAAUGAGCUAAAUAAUGGAGUUAGUAGGGUUCAGGAAGAAUGUAGAACUGCAAAAGGUGAUAUAGAAAUUGGACUUUAUACAGUUGAAAGGAAGAAAAAGCCAUCUUUUACUGCACAAAGGAAUGAUUAUCAGCCUAGUUGUGGGCGGUCUUUAAGAAGGACACAGCGCAAGCGUCAGCAUACUUAUCAGACACGUUCCACCAUAGAGCACAAUUCACCAGCAUGUCAAAAUUCUGGUGUACAAGAAGAAUCAGAGAGUUCCUCAGAGGAAGAUGAAACUGUUGGCACAAGUGAUGCUUCAGUAGAGGAUCCUGUCAUUGAAUGGCAAAGUGAAAGUUCCUCCAGUGAUUCAUCUAGUGAAUAUUCUGAUUGGACCGCAGAUGCAGGGAUAAAUUUGCAACCUCCAAAGAGACAAACGAGACAGACAACACGGAAAAUAUGCAGCAGCUCUGAGGAGGAGAAUGUGAAGUCAUUAGAAGAAAGGGAAAAGAAACCUAAACAGACUAGAAAGAAAAAAGGAAGACUAGUUUCUUUGGCCGGUGAACUCAAUGAAGAAUGGUUUGCCCCUCAAUGGAUCCUGGAUACCAUACCAAGACGUUCUCCAUUUGUCCCACAGAUGGGAGAUGAGCUUAUAUAUUUUAGGCAAGGGCAUGAAGCUUAUGUGCGGGCUGUAAGGAAAUCAAAAAUAUACAGCGUUAAUUUACAGAAACAACCAUGGAACAAAAUGGACCUCAGAGAGCAAGAAUUUGUUAAGAUUGUAGGAAUCAAAUAUGAGGUUGGACCACCCACGCUAUGCUGCUUGAAACUUGCAUUUCUGGACCCUAUUUCAGGCAAAAUGACUGGAGAAUCUUUUUCUAUUAAGUAUCAUGACAUGCCAGAUGUCAUUGACUUCCUUGUGCUGCAUCAGUUUUACAAUGAAGCUAAAGAAAGAAAUUGGCAGAUUGGUGAUAGAUUUCGCAGUAUAAUAGAUGAUGCCUGGUGGUUUGGAACUGUGGAGAGUCAGCAGCCUUUUCAACCAGAGUAUCCUGAUAGUUCUUUCCAGUGUUACAGUGUCCAUUGGGACAAUAAUGAGAGAGAAAAGAUGAGCCCCUGGGACAUGGAACCAAUUCCAGAAGGAACUGCUUUUCCAGAUGAAGUUGGUGCUGGCGUUCCCGUGUCCCAGGAGGAGCUGACUGCUUUACUAUACAAACCCCAGGAAGGCGAAUGGGGGGCUCAUUCCAGAGAUGAGGAAUGUGAACGGGUUAUUCAGGGCAUCAACCACCUCCUUUCCUUGGAUUUUUCUAGCCCUUUUGCUGUUCCAGUGGAUCUCAGUGCCUACCCCUUGUAUUGUACUGUAGUUGCAUAUCCAACUGACCUCAACACCAUCAGGCGGAGACUUGAAAAUCGCUUUUACAGGAGAAUAUCGGCAUUAAUGUGGGAAGUACGCUACAUUGAGCAUAAUGCCAGGACUUUCAAUGAGCCAGACAGUCCUAUAGUUAAAGCAGCCAAAAUUGUAACUGAUGUCUUACUUCGUUUUAUUGGGGAUCAGAGCUGUACUGAUAUCCUGGAUACUUAUAACAAAAUUAAAGCAGAAGAAAUAAAUAGUACUGAUGCAGAGGAGGAUACAGAGAUGGUUGAUUUAGAUUCAGAUGGCCCUGGGACUUCAUCUGGAAGAAGAGUCAAGUGCCAAGGCAGAAGACAAUCUUUAAAGUGUAAUCCUGAUACUUGGAAAAAACAAUGUAAAGAACUAUUGAGCCUCAUAUAUGAACGUGAAGAUUCAGAGCCAUUUCGACAACCAGCUGAUCAUCUUUCUUACCCAGGCCAUCAAGAGCAAACUGGGGAAUCUUCCAUGUCAUUUAUUCCAGAACGACAACAAGAUCCAUUUAUUUCUGAGGAUUACCAGGAUGUUAUAGACACUCCUAUGGACUUCAGCACUGUGAAGGAAACCUUAGAAACAGGAAAUUAUAGUAGUCCUCUGGAAUUUUAUAAGGAUGUUCACCAGAUAUUCAGCAACUCCAAAGCUUAUACUUCUAACAAAAAGUCAAGGAUCUAUAGCAUGACGCUGCGAUUAUCUGCUUUGUUUGAAAGUCAUAUUAAAAAUAUUAUCUCUGAAUAUAAGUCCACAAUCCAGAGUCAGAAGAGGAGAAGGCCACGGUACCGAAAACGCUUAAGAAGCAGUAGCAGCUCAUUAUCUAGUAGCAGAGCUCCUAGUCCAAAAGGGAAACAAAAACAAAUGAAGUUGCAGCCUAAAAAUGACCAGAAUACCUCAGUGUCUUAUGCCAGGACUAGUUCUCCUUUCUCAUCUCCUGUUUCAGAUACUGCUGAAGGGCUUUCACUAUAUGUACUUGAUGAACUGGAUGGACCAUUUUCUUCAGCAAGCUUCAGUGAAUAUGGAAAUAGCCCUGAUCCGGGGAAAGCCAGAUCACUCAGAAAUAGAGUUUUGCCAGUUAAACAAGAUCACCCCCUUGAUGAUGGACCCCUUACAAAUGGUGAUGGCAGAGAAACUCGAACAGGCGUCAAGAGAAAACUACUUAAUGCCUCAGAAGAAGAAGAAACCAUGGAAGGAGAAGAGAGAGAGAGAAAAGAAACAAAGGAGAAAUCACAUGUAUCCUCCUCAGAGAGUGAAGAGUUAGGAUCCAGUUUAAGUUCUGAAAGUACCUGUGGUUCUGAUUCUGACUCUGAAUCAACUUCCAGAACAGAUCAAGAUUAUGUAGAUGGCGACCAUGAUUAUAGCAAAUUCAUACAAACUAGACCUAAAAGAAAACUCAGAAAGCAACAUGCCAAUGGAAAUAGAAACUGGAAGAUGAGAGGCACUGGAGGAAGAGGCAGAUGGGGCAGAUGGGGUAGAUGGAGUAGAGGAGGCAGGGGAAGAGGUGGCAGGGGAAGAGGGGGUGGUCGAGGCAGAGGUGGAGGUGGUGCUAGAGGGAGAGGGAGAGGAGGACGAGGGACUUCUAGAGGAGCUACCAGAGCCAAACGUGCACGUGUUACCGAUGAUGAAUUUGAUACCAUGUUUUCAGGACGAUUUAGUAGACUGCCAAGAAUUAAAACAAGAAACCAAGGCAGGAGGACUGUUUUAUAUAAUGAUGAUUCUGAUAAUGACAAUUUUGUAUCCACUGAGGAUCCUCUGAAUCUUGGUACAUCUAGGUCAGGUAGAGUGCGUAAAAUGACAGAAAAAGCCAGGGUUAGCCAUCUCAUGGGAUGGAAUUAUUAACAGUUGAUAAAUUUAGAAUAGUUAAAAAAAUUCAAUGGCCUUCUACUGCAGGGAAUUUACCAGGAAAUCUACAAAGCAAGUUGUGUGGGGACUUCUGCUUCCUUUCACAUUGGUGCUUUUCCAUUAUGCCAGUAUACGUUUGUUUCAAGACUUUAGAUCUCCACACUUCAUUUGUUCAAACAAGCCUUACUCAUUAGGCCUUAAAUUAAAAGAAAUUCUGCCCAUACACAUGCAUAUAUAGACACACUUACAUGCACACACACAAUACAGACACACUACAGAUUUACUACAUUAAAGAAGCAUUUAGCUUCUUAAGAGUAGCAUGACAUUUUUAUCUCAACGGAAUAUCCUUCUUUUGCUUUUAUAUUAUAGAAGUAUAGCACCUUCUUACAGAGUUUUAUAUAAUUUGUUUUUGCCAUUUUGAUUCCUAUACCCAGUAAUAAUAACUUUUGCACAAUACACCAAUCCUAAAGGCAGCUAUAAAAUGUUUACAGUUUCUAUAUUAAAAGAACAAUCUGGAUUAUUUUACUCUCCUCCCAGGCCAAACUUUCAUAAAACGUACUGAAGUAUAUAUUUAUACUACAGUUUUUGUUUUGUUUUGUUUUUUGGGGGUGGUUGUGUCUUGAUGUGCUUUUAAUUGAUUUACACAAUUCAUGUAAAAGUUGAGAAAGGGUUGGUGCCUUGUAAAUAUGUAGCAAAUCUUUGUGGUGUGUCCUAAUGUGUGCGUUAACUUUAUUAAAAGAAGAAUACUUGAGGUAUCAAUCUAGACAAGGUGCCAAAUUCAAAUGUUUCUUGCAUCUAUUUUCUUUUUUUGCUUAUGUUUUAUUAUUGUGUUAGUGGAAAUCAUGUAGCUUGAAUAAUAAUUUAAACAUAUAAAAAAUCCUCACCCAAACAGAAUGACUUUUUUGAAUAGUAGCUCCGCUACCUCUAUUAACAAAACUACUGGAAAAUAGAUUAUUGUUUGCAUUACUGACUAAGGAGAAAUAGAACAUGCUAGGUAGGAAUGAGUACUCAAGUUGUAAGUUGAGAGGUUGUUAAUAAUUAUAUCAGCAUUCAAAUUUAAUAGUUGUAAUUAAGUUUCAUAAAGUAAAAUAUCUACCUUAGGUGUUUCUUAAAACAUGUUUUUAUAAGUAGGUUUGGGCUACUGCUUUAUGUAUCUCUGCUACCAAUGAACAAUUUCACAGUUGUGAUUUGCUGAUUUUUAUUGAAUCUUAAAAUUUAACCAAGCACCUAGUUUUGAGUUGGAAUAUUUUGGCUAGCUAAUAUCUUGAAUCACUUUUAAUAGGUUCUCAUACCAUUUCAAAGAGUUCUUUGUUACGGUCUUUCAGAAAAGAACUUCAUUGUGCUGCACACAGAUAUUUUGAAUAAUUAUUUUAUAGAGUAGAAAAUCUUAUAAAUCCUUAUUGUCAUGUUUACAGCAGUAGAGAGCACUGAAUUCUCUAAGCCUGCUUGAAUUCCAAGAUCAAUUUUAUUCCUCAAAUUUGAAACAUUACACAUUUGCUAAUAUCUUAGAUAAAGUUUGGAAAUGCGAGGGAUAAUAUUGAUCUCUGUUUUUACAGCAGCAGAUUUGUUGCACCUAUAUCAGACAACGGGAUAGACAAAUCUAUUUAAUAUAUACCUAAUAAUCUAGGAUAUUUCUUAAGCUGAUACAUUUGUCUCAUGCUUUCAAUCAUUUCAUGCAUCUAAAAAUCCUUAAGCACAGAGGAAGGACACACUUACUUUGCUUUUUUGGCAGGACGAGAAUAGUGAUUAUUCUUGGACUAUCACUUUUAAACAGUUUUCACUUGCAGUAGAAAUGAUGUUCAGGUUUUAAGAAAAUAUUGUUGUGAAUUGCUAAUAGCUCUGACUUCAAUUACUGGGACAGUAGUCCAAGUUGAUAUUUUCGUGUGUGUGUGUGUGUGUGUGUGUGUGUGUGUGUGUUUCCCUAUUGCUCUUUUUUUUCUCUCACUAAACCAAAACUGCUACUGGUUGCAACUAAGCUGCCACUUUUAACCAUACAAUAGAUUUUUAAAACUUCAUAUUUCAAACUCUACCUUUGAUUUUUGGUAAAAAUGUGCUAUUUAAGUUAUUCUUGGGCAUUUAGACUAAAUUGUGCCUGUGUUUUCCUGGAAUUAAUAUUUUGGCUGAAAAAAAUCUAACAAAGUUACUUAAAUUGAUGGAUACAUCCAAAUGUGUACCAUUUUUUUUAGUGCGGACUUUUUGUGGUGCUAUUCUUUUAUGAAGAGCUGAUCUCUUGAAAUGUAGAAGAAUGGCCAUUUGUGUUACUUUAACUAUCUGUAGCUUUAUAAUUUAUUUUGAAAAAUGAAAAUGCUACAUUUAUUCCCCAAAUGUCAAGAUUUAAUAGAUUUAGAUAAUUAAAAUAAUAUGCCUGAAGACAUUUUAUAUGUAGUGAAAUACUGUGAAAAUACUGGUAAAAUGCCUUUUGCUGAAAUGUUUAUUUCAAUGACUAGGAUCUAAAGAGUUAGUCAUCAGGGUAGGUUAGAUGAGUAUAGUUAUCAUUUAUUACAAAACAUUAUUUUGUGUUUGCAUGUACAGUAUUUUUAAUAAGUAUGAAAAUUAGAGUUUGGAAGAUAGCCUUUUUACUUUUAUACCUGGGUAUUUUUCCCCCUCAAUUUAUACUUUGUUUUUGUUGGUUUUUUUUGUAACUUCACCUCUGAAUGUGUAAUGAUUUUUAUCACAUUGAAUAUCACUUUAGUUUUUUAGAGGCCCUUUAAAACUAAAUGAGCUAGAUCCAGCCAUAGCAAGUCAAAUAGGAAAUGAAGUAAGAAUUUUGAAGAAAAGAAGUCUAAAUCUUGAAAUUGCAAAGAAAAACCACUGUUCCAUUUAUGUCUAUAAGAGCAUACACAUAUGUUCACUUGAUCCUAUGUUAGAUAUUAAUAGUGAGCUAUAAUAUUUCUUAUGAAUACAAUUGUUUAAAUUAGCAGCUUUAAGACCUUAGCAUGUGUCCGUGUUUAUGAGAACAAAAUCGUGUGUUUCUUCAAUACUAUGGCUAUGGCUUGCCGUGUGUGUCUUCGCCAGCAAUCAUGCUAGCCAAAUGAUUAAAAUUGUUUUGUGUGUGUGUAUGUAUGUGUGUGCAGGAAUGAUUGUAUGUAGGUGUUUGGUUUGGUUUGGGAUUUUUUUGUUUUAUUUUUAUUUUUUCCCCCAACACAACUUACCUUAAUCCAGGCAUUAAAAGAAAAGCAUUAUAUAAAGAAGGCAGCCACAUUUACUGUCUUCUAAAUUUUGCCGCUGUAAUGGUCAUAGCCUAUGUACACACUGCUUGAUCGCCCAUUUUAAUAUCAUGUCUUCUAUUAAGUUAAACAAUUUUUGCUGUAUACCUGUGCACCUCUACUCUCUUAAUUUUAUUUGUUCAUUAUUUGUUUUAAUUUCUGUUUUUGUCCUCAUAUAUAAUGUGUAUGCUGGAAUUUACUGUUUCACUCACAGGUUAAGAAGCUGAAUAAAAUUCACAAAUCUCAUUCUGUGCAACGCUGUGCUCAGACCGAACUCGACCUUCCAAUAUUUUUAAGUGAAUUUGAGUGAUUCUGUUUUUAAAAUUUUUAUUUUAAUCCCAUAGAUUGUCAUCUAUAACAGAGGGAUUGAAAGAAAAAUAUGUGAAUGUCACUGCUAACUAUUUGAUAAAAAAGUUUUUGAGCAUUUAAAAAGUUUUGUAUGUUUGUGAUAAUGUUAAAUUAAACACCUUAUUACUUGCUUAUAUACCUCGGGAAUUAUUUUAUGCAUAUUCACCAACUGGUACUUAUCUUCAAAGUUGGAAUUUUCACAUUCACAAAAAGACUUCAAAAAGUUUGUGGAAAAUUGAAAUAAAAUAUUAUUAAAUCUUUCCACAAACUUUGUGAAGCCCUCUCAUAUAAUUGUCAGUAUACUUGGUAUCCCCCUUUAAAUAAUUGCCAACAAUUUUGUGUACCAAAAUGAAUAAUUUGGGCCUGAAGGAAGGAAUGCAUCUUUUGACAUUUAAAGUCCAUUGCUUUAAAUGCCAACUCCAUCCAUAGCAUUUUGUGUUACAUGACACUUUAUGACAUUUUUAUUCAAAAUAAUGUUCUAAGAUAAUUUUAUUUCUUGAACUACUGUGAACAUAUUUUGAUACAUUUUUUGCUUUUCAUCUCGUUUCUUUUUUGGUUUGCUAAGUUUUGAUUAAGUCCCAAUAUAAAGUUACAUCUUUUUCCCAUGGUGCUGUGCUUUGUGGCACUCUGGUGUCUUGAUAUUUAUUUUCUUGUACAAGGUGAUUUCAGAAAAUUUGUGAAAAUUUUCCAUUCCAUUUUUCCAUAAAUGUCCAAGUCACCUUGUGUACCCUUGUCUUUUUCCAUUGUUACUCUCCUCCAUACUUUUAUUUCUGCAAUAAAAAUAGCACCUGAGAACACUUAAACAAGACUGGCAAUUACUGAUUCAUUGAUGGGAGUACAGUAGAAUGGCCCUGCAAUUUAGAGUUAAGAUGUAUUUGUUUGCUUAUUAACAUGAAUGCCCAUUUGUUAUUCUUAUAUCUAUAUUAGUUAAAGCUAGAACAUGGGAAUUUGACAGAAAAAAGCAUGAUGAUGAGUAUUUUCUAAAAAAUAUAACUUCGCUACAUACUGAAAUCACCAUCGGUUAAUUGAUUUUUUAAGCAUUCAGUCAGAAACCCAGUUGGGAAAUGUGUUUUUACAUAUGUCACCAGACAUUAGACAGUACUGAAAAUGUUAGUUCUUUAAACAAUACUGUGGUGAUGGCAAUCGCUAAUUUAUUUCUUUGUCCUGUAAUUUACCAUUCUUGUCCUUUGUAAUCCCUUACACAGUAUUAAACCUGUACCUUAUGUUUGUUCUUAGUAUCUAAAAAUUUUAAGAUGGAAAAUCAUUCAGUUAACAGUUGAUGUGAUGUUGUAUAUGGGCAAAAUGUCCAUUAAAGUAAAAUUCAGUAAAGAAAGGUAAACUAAACUGGCUUGGUUUAUAAAAGUUGAUUUGUUUGGCAAAUGUCAGUCAUGAUGAGCAAUUAUCUUCAAAGACAAAACCUGGACUAAUCUGUUGCCAUUCUUUAUGGGAUGUUUACAAUAAAAUUCCAAGUUGUUUGGAAUCUAUUGCACUCUUGCUACUUUAUGCCUUAACUAAUGGUGAAUUAAUGAGGAGGAGAUAAGAGAGUUGUCUUUCUACUAUAUAACUUUAGAGAUUAUAACGAGUUCUUGGGUCUUUUUUUUUUUUAAGUCAUGGAAUGUUUUAUUUUAUUUUUAACCUGAGGGACUAAGGUGCUUUUUACUAUGAAAAUUAAUACUUUUGUGCUUUUUGCAAAUACUCUUUGAAUUACUAUUAGGUAAUAAAUAUGAUGUUAACACUUUAAAUGUGGACUUUUUGCCAUAUUAAAUAACAGCCUGAAAAGCA